AUGUCGUCUUUCUUUACAGUCCCCGGUCAGAAGAAGCGCAAGGGACCACCUACCACUACCGAUGGCCCUAGAAAACGACCUGCACGAGACUCAAAGCCCUCCGCCAAACCACCUCCUCGGGGAGCACCCCAGAAGCAAAAACCGCUCCGAGACGACGAGAGCAUCUCCGGCAGCGACGAAUCCGAGGAUGACCGCGUCAUAGCUGGCGCGGAAGAACUGGACGAGUCCAGCGGGUCCGACUCGGAGAAAGAGGGCGAGACCGCAGCCGAGAAGCGAUUGCGUCUGGCAGAGCGCUACCUUGACAAGCUUCGCAGAGAGGAACAAGAGAGCAAUGCAGUCGGCUUCAAUGCCGAAGAUGUCGACAGAGACAUCCUGGCAGAUCGCCUCCGGGAAGACGUCGCCACUCUCAAGGGAAAAGUCUACCGCAAAGUCGCAGAUGAGCUUGAUCACUAUGACGCCACCCACUCCCUGUUCCGCGCCGAUACCUUGACGAGCACCGCAAUCGCAACCUGCGCCCCUUUUUGCUACACUGUGUCCAAGGACCGCACCUUGAUCAAGUGGAGGGUUCAAGACCUGCCAAAAGACCAAUACAAAUCAAAGAAGGGAAAGAAGCCACCACCAAAAAAGCGCCCCGAGAAGGUUGCCAUACUCAAGCCAUACAACAAAGCGAAGAAGGACAAGGCCUGGCAAGGUCACAUCGCCGGAGAGAUCCAAUGUAUAGCCGCUUCACAAGACGGCAAGUUUGUCGUCACCGGCGGGACCGAUCGUCGUUUAUGCAUCUACGAUGCGACCACCCUGAAACCCAUAAAGGCUUGGACAUUGCACCGGGAUGCCGUCUUGGCCCUGGCCUUCAGGAGAAAUUCAAAUCAGCUCUACAGCGCCAGCAAGGACCGCACAAUCAAGGUCUGGUCCCUGGACGACAUGGCAUAUAUCGAGACUCUCUUUGGACAUGCUGACCAGAUCGUCGAUAUUGACGCCUUGGCUCAAGAGAGAUGCGUUUCAGUGGGAGCCCGUGACCGUACAGCCAGACUAUGGAAGGUUGUCGAGGAGACACAGCUGGUCUUUCGUGGCGGCGGCAGCGUCGACAAGAAGCGACUGCCCAACGUCGACCCCCGUUCCAUUGCUGUCGAAGGAAGCAUGGAUCGCGUGAGUAUGCUAGACGAGGAGCUUUUUGUAACGGGUUCUGAUAACGGAAGCAUUGCGCUUUGGAGUUUGCAAAAGAAGAAGCCUUUAUUCAUAAUGCCUCAGGCUCAUGGCCUAGAAAUAGCCAUGAAACCCGAAGAGGCUUCUGCUGAGGUUCACCCAGACCCCAAACUUGUGCCGCCGCCUCAACCGAGAUGGAUCACGGCUCUACGCACUCUGCCAUAUUCAGAUGUAAUCUUGAGCGGGUCAUGGGACGGUACCAUCAAGAUGUGGAAACUGAGCGAUGACAAGAGGUCGAUCCUCCCGGUCGGAUCCUUGUGCGAACCUAAUCCCAGGAGCUCACCGGAGUUCAAUGGCGUGUCCGAGGACUCGGACGAUCAGAAGACAAACGGUGCACUGACAGGGAACGAGCCAUGGAUGAUCAAGGGAGUAAUCAACGACAUAUCCAUAUUCGAGCGAGGAGAACGCGGCAAGGAUGGCCUCUGUGUCGUCGUUGCCGUGGGCAAGGAGCACAGGUUAGGAAAGUGGAAGAAGGUGAAGGGGGCCAAGAAUGGGGCUGUGGUGUUUGAGAUUCCGAGGAUACAGAAGCAGGCUUUGACGAACGGCAAUUCUCACGGCUCGGAAUGA